GUCGCACCGCCGCCAUUUAUAUAUCGCCGCCAUUUUAUACGAGCCUAACCUCGCGCAGAUUAGAUUACGAGCACGACGGCAAAAUGGAAAACCAGCUCUGCAAGCUCUUUGUCGGUGGACUUAAUGUCCAAACUACGGACGAUGGCCUGCGCACGCAUUUCGAGCAGUUCGGAAACCUCACGGAUUGCGUGGUGGUGCAGAACCAGCAGCUGAAACGUUCUCGCUGUUUCGGUUUCGUGACCUACUCGAGUCCGGAGGAGGCGGACGCGGCCAUGUCGGCCCGUCCUCAUGUGUUGGACGGGAAUAACGUCGAGAUCAAGAGAGCCGUAGCGCGCGAAGAUGCCGGCAGACCCGAGGCCCUAGCUAAGGUGAAGAAAAUAUUCAUCGGUGGCCUUAAAGACGACAUUGAAGAGGAUCACCUCCGCGACUGUUUUUCUCAGUUCGGUGCGGUGGAGAAAGCAGAGGUGAUCACGGACAAAGAGACCGGCAAAAAAAGAGGCUUCGGCUUUGUGUAUUUCGAGGAUAACGAUUCUGCCGACAAAGCCGUGGUCCUUAAGUUUCACAUUAUUAAUGGACAUAAAGUGGAGGUGAAGAAAGCCCUGACCAAGCAGGAGAUGCAGGCUGCUGGUAGUCGCGGUGGUCGGGGAGGCCGAGGAGGCGGACGGGGGAUGGGCAGACCGCAGAACGGCUAUGGCGGACGAGGCGGCGGAUACGGCAGUUACGGAGGCGGCUAUGGAGGAAGUGAUGGUGGCUACGGCGGAGGCUAUGGAGGCGGAUACGGUGGCGGGUAUGGGGGAGGCUACGGCGACCAAAUGGAGAGCUACGGCGGGGGUAACGGCUACAGUGACUUUGGCAGCGGCUAUGGCCAGCAGUCCUCUGGCUAUGGCCCAAUGAAAGAGGGAGAAAAUAAAAUCUCACUUCCAAGUGUGGCUGGUUGAUAACCUCUGCUUCAGCUGAGAAUCCAGUAGCCCUAAAGGACAAUACGAGGACUUCUUCUGUGUUAACAUAUGGAAUGCAUACACUGUGUGCCUGGGGACCGCCUAUAGGCAAGAUGCCUUUGCCACUUCCGGUGAAGAUGAUGCCUUGAUGACGUCAGGUUGAAGAUCAGCUGGCUGGAGUUUAUACGUGUAUAAUGUUGGAGUUGAAUGAAAUUUUACUUGUACACAUAAAUGUGUUUUAUGUGAUUGUGAAUUCAAUAAAGAAAAAAAUAAAGAA